GUGUGGUUGGAGUGAGGUAGUACACUUUGAGAAAAGUGUUUACGAAAGCCACUGCAAGUGCACUGGUUCACUAAGAGGCUCCAUAUCAUCACAUGUAGUUGCUGACGGAACGUAAAGUUAAGUUUUCUGCUCAGCUCUACUUGUUAGCUUCUCUUGACCCCAGCCGUCAGCAGCGGGCGGUCUCGCCCUCUGACUCAUAUCGGGUUCAGUCGGGAUCAACGACACCGGAUCACCAUGGCGGCUCAGACCCGAGCCCUCGUCACGGGGAAAUGGCUCGCAGACGCCCUGAAGAACCGCCUGGUGGGCCCCAAGCUGCGGGUCCUGGACAGCUCCUGGUACCUGGCCAAGGUGCGGCGGAACCCCCGGGCGGAGUUCCAACAGUCGCACAUCCCCGGCGCCUCGUUCUUCGACGUUGACGAGUGCUCCGAUAAGACCUCCGCCUUCGACCACAUGGUUCCGAGUCCGGCCGAGUUCGCGGAGUACGUCGGUCACCUGGGCAUCGCGAACGACACGCACGUGGUGGUGUACGACACGAGCCCUCUUGGGUCGUUCAGCGCGCCGCGCGUGUGGUGGAUGUUCCGCCUGUUCGGGCACCCCGCCGUGUCGGUGCUGGACGGUGGGAUGAAGAACUGGCUGGCUGAGGGUCACCCCCUGACCUCUGUCCCCUCUGAACCCGAGCGCGCGGAGUUCAAGGCAAGUGUAGACCGGUCCUUGGUCAAGACGUAUGAAGACGUGUUGGAAAACAUCCGAACCAAACGGAUCCAGGUGGUCGAUGCCCGGUCGGCGGGUCGGUUCAAGGGCAUCGAACCCGAGCCCAGAGAUGACACCCGUCCGGGCCACUUCCCGGGGGCCGUCAACAUGCCCUUCACCUCGGUCCUGGGGCCCUCGGGGGAGGUGCGGGGGCCCCAGGACCUGGCCCAGCUGUUCCGGGAGGCGGGGGUGGACCUGGCCGCGCCCCUCUGGGUGUCCUGCGGCUCCGGGGUCACGGCCUGCCACGUGGCGCUGGCGGCCGCCCUGCUGGGGCACCCGGGGGCCUGCGUCUACGACGGCUCCUGGUCCGAGUGGUUCAAGAGGGCCCCCCCGGAGCUGGUCCUCUCUGAGGGCCCGUAGAGAGCUGAGGACCACCUGACACCUCCAGCCCUGAGGACCACCUGACACCUCCAGCCCUGAGGACCACCUGACACCUCCCAGAGGACCACCUGACACCUCCCAGAGGACCACCUGACACCUCCCAGAGGACCACCUGACACCUCCCUGAGGACCACCUGACACCUCCCUGAGGACCACCUGACACCUCCCUGAGGACCACCUGACACCUCCCAGAGGACCACCUGACACCUCCCUGAGGACCACCUGACACCUCCCAGAGGACCACCUGACACCUCCCUGAGGACCACCUGACACCUCCUCCAGCCCUGAGGACCACCUGACACCUCCCAGAGGACCACCUGGCACCUCCCUCAGGACCACCUGACAACUCCCAGAGGACCACCUGACACCUCCCUGAGGACCACCUGACACCUCCCAGAGGACCACCUGACACCUCCCUGAGGACCACCUGACACCUCCCAGGGACCACCUGACACCUCCCAGAGGACCACCUGACAACUCCAGCCCUGAGGACCACCUGACACCUCCCAGAGGACCACCUGACACCUCCCAGAGGACCACCUGACACCUCCCUGAGGACCACCUGACACCUCCUCCAGCCCUGAGGACCACCUGACGGCUCCAAGAGGACCUUCUCCAGGGCUGGAGGGUGGAGGACCUUCUCCAGGGCUGGAGGGUGGAGGACCUUCUCCAGGGCGGAGGUGGAGGACCUUCUCCAGGGUGGAUGUUGUCCAGCAUGGGGCCUUCAGAAGUCUCAUGUGUUGCUGAAUGGUUGAGGAUCCUUGAUGAGCCUGUUGGGUCUGAUGGGUCUGAUGGGUCUGAUGGGUCUGUUGGGUCUGAUGGGUCUGAUGGUUCUGAUGGGUUUGAUGGGUCUGAUGGGUCUGAUGGGUCUGUUGGGUCUGUUGGGUCUGAUGGUUCUGAUGGGUCUGAUGGGUCUGAUGGGUCUGUUGGGUCUGAUGGUUCUGAUGGGUCUGAUGGUUCUGAUGGGCCUGUUGGGUCUGUUGGGUCUGUUGGGUCUGAUGGGUCUGUUGGGUCUGAUGGGUCUGAUGGGUUUGAUGGUUCUGAUGGGUCUGUUGGGUCUGAUGGGUCUGUUGGGUCUGAUGGGUCUGAUGGGUCUGUUGGGUCUGAUGGGUCUGAUGGGUCUGAUGGGUCUGUUGGGUCUGAUGGGUCUGAUGGGUCUGAUGGGUCUGAUGGUUCUGAUGAGCCUGUUGGGUCUGAUGGGUCUGAUGGGUCUGUUGGGCCUGAUGGGUCUGAUGGGUCUAUACUUCUGUACAGAUUGAAGUAUAGGCCUGCAUUUUAUUUACAAAUACAGAAAAUAACAUUGAACAGAUUUGGGCUAUAAUAUAACGUUGUGUACCUAUGUUGAUACCUAUGCCUCAACAAUAACACCAGUUUAAAUAAAAGUGCCUUGGCAUUCAAACUUUGAUUUCUUUGCUUCGAAGUGUUCAAACUAAUGUUGAUAAUGUGAAAUAACUUCUGAAAUAUUUUUUCAUAAUAAUUAUCUAGCCUGGUGUAUCUUUCUUUUGGCAGGGAAAUAAAUUCUGUACAUGUCGCUGCGUA